CGCGCGGGUCGUCUGUUGACUAUUCGAACCGGCCAAUGGCGGCCCCGCCCUUUGGGGGCCCCGCCCCGGGACGGCGCUCGCUCCAGCCAAUCGCUUUGCAGGGGCUGGGGCGCGGAGGGCCAAUGGGGAAGCGGAGCGGCAGGUAUGAGAUGGCGGCGGGGACCCGAGGAGCCGCUGCGCGCCGGGGCGGCAGUGAUGCCAUCUGCAGGUUUGUCAUCUGCAAUGACUCCUCCCUCCAUGGGCAAACAGUCAUCUUCAACCCUGACUUCUUUGUGGAGAAGUUGCGGCAUGAGAAGCCUGAAGUCUUCACAGAGCUAGUGGUCAGCAACAUCACCAGGCUCAUCGACCUGCCGGGAGCAGAGCUGGCCCAGCUGAUGGGGGAGGAGGACCCCAAGCUGCCUGGUGGCAUUGGCACAACCUCUGGAUUCUUUCGGUCCCUAAUGUCUCUGAAGCGUAAAGAUAAAGGGAUGGUGUUUGGCUCCCCGCUGACCGAGGAGGGCAUCGCCCAGGUCUCGCAGCUCAUCGAAUACCUGCACAAGCAUCUGCGAAUGGAGGGCUUGUUUCGAGUGCCAGGGAACAGUCUCAGGCAGCAGACCCUGAAGGAUGCCCUGAACAGCGGGUCUGAUAUUGACCUGGAAUCGGGGGAGUUUCACUCCAAUGAUGUGGCCUCUCUGCUGAAGAUGUUCCUGGGUGAAUUACCAGAGCCCCUGCUGACACACAAGCACUUCCAAGCCCACCUCAAAAUUGCAGGUCUGAUGCAGUUUGAUGACAAGGGGAACAAGACCAGUACACCGGAUAAGGAGCGGCAGAUCGAAGCUCUGCAGCUGCUCUUCCUGAUCCUCCCCCCGCCCAAUCGCAACCUGCUUAAGCUGCUGCUGGACCUGCUCUACCAGACGGCCAAGAAACAGGACAAGAACAAGAUGUCUGCCCACAACCUGGCUCUCAUGUUUGCACCUCACAUCCUGUGGCCCAGAAAUGUGACAGCAAACGACCUGCAGGAGAAUAUCACAAAGCUGAAUGAGGGCGUGGCCUUCAUGAUCAAACACUCGCAGAAACUCUUCAAGGCUCCAGCAUACGUUCGAGAAUGUGCCAGGCUGCACUACCUGGGGUCCAGGGCGCACGCUUCAAAGGAUGACCUGGAUUUGCUGACAUCUGCUGGGUCCAAGGAACUCCAGCCCCUGAAGUCUCAGAAGCGGAGCAGGCUGGAUCCUUGCCACCGGGAGGAGACGCAGCAGCGCACGGAGGAGGCGCUGAAGGAGCUCUUCCACCACGUCCACAGCAUGCCAGACUCUGCUAAGAAGAAAAAGCUCAUCCGGCAGUUUCAUAAGCAUCCCGGCACUCUCACCCCUGGGCCCGAUGCACCGACACCCCCAGUACAGAGGCGCACCCGAUCCCGCUCCUUUAGCGGCCUCAUUAAGCGGAGGAUGCUGGGGAACCCACUGAUCUUGGAAAGGAAAAGCAGGGACUCCACACCAGAAUCCGAGCGAGCCAGCAAAGAGAGCCUCCACCUGUUACAGAGACCUCCUGAAUCUCCAGCAAGUCAUGGGACCCGAGCAAGGCUAAAAUUGUCUGAGGGCAGGAAAGAGGACUCCCGUAAACAUCUGCAGGCCCUUGUGCCUUCCACCAAGGAGUCGUCCAUCUGAGCAGCCAGGCACCAGCCCUUGUGUGCAGCAGAAGUCUGGACGUGUAAGCUGUGACUAAUGCCUGCUGCAUCUCAAGCUGUGAGAGGACUUAGUGCCGCAGCCUCCGGCGAUCCCUCUAAUCCAGCUCACCAGUGCUUGGCUUGCAACGGGGCUUGCUGCAAGAACAAUGAGGACGCUGACUUCUCUAUGUUAAUAUGGGCAAACCACUAUCUAACCAAGCACCUGCAGGGUGUGUCUGAGGAAGGGCUGGAGAGCCCGUUGGAAGAAGGCAGGAGCUUUGUAUUCACUGGUUUUGUUCAGUGCUCCGGGUUCUCACUCUCUGAGCUUUUAACACGUUUGUCUUGUUUUUACGCCCUGCCUCCCAUCAACAACCAGAGCGGUCAGCCACAUCCAGGCAGCUAACUGUCUUACUAGCUCUUGUGCAGUAGUCUCUCCAUGCGGGUAUCGAUGGAAGUCAGAGGAUGGCUGCAGCAUCUCAAAUCCCCAACCCCAGGGGUCACUUCUGCAUUCCUGACAGGCUGCGUGCCUGGCUUGGCCAUGUCAGCCCCAUGGCAGCGGUAUAAGGGGAAUUGGGGGGUGACAUCUUAAUGUCAAAUGGCAAAGAAGCAGAUUCCAGAAUAAACUCUCAUCAUCCUGAUGUUAACAGAGCCCCUUAGCUACAGUCCCUGCUACUUAAAGGGUAGUCGGUAGAAAGCACCCAGUGAAACCAGCCCAGGGAACAGACUGUGUGGUCUUUAACUAAAGGUCAGACAUAAUUAUAGAGGGAACCUUGAGGAUACUUCAGAGUGCUUGUUUACGCAAGGGCUGUGUCUCCUGCCGGGAGGUGCUGGAAGGCAGGUUUCUCUGCUUCUGGAGUGGAUUGUGUUUCCAUGUACCUGUCACCUCCCUGCACCCUGCUUCCUCUCCCAUCACACUGAUUGCCAAGCCGGGAAGGUCUGUCUCCUUUCUAAUCAGCCGCCGACUGCCUGGCACAUCCAGCAUUGCCGCAGCACCAUGCUGGUUACCUCCCAGUUGUUUCCGUGGUCGAGGUGUCUGGAGGACAAGGAGGGGGUAGCUAAUGGCUUUUCACAGUCUCUAUCUAGGGGGUGCUGAGCCAGGCAGAAUCUCUUGAAUGGGAAAGGGGGUGGGAGGGGGAGGCAGACAGGUUGUCUGGAGCUAACAUGGUGAUGUGACCUCCCAUCGCUCAGAAGCAGGUGUCCACGGCAGCCAGGCAGAGCCCUCGUGGGAGCAGUGCAGGGGCGAGGGUGUUGCUUGGUGGGUGCUGGAAGCUACCGGCAGCUUUCCAAGUGAUGGCUGGAGAUAGGUUUGCCAGGCCCAGUGCCCUGGGAUACGUACCUCCCUCUGUCAGUGGUACCGAAGACUGGCCUGCGGACUGUGUAUUGUAACCAAUAUGCUGAUCACAUACAGGGGACUGCAGACUGCCUGAACAAUCAGUUAGCAAGCUGUCACCUGAGGUGCGGGAGAAGACUGGAUCUUGGCUCAGAGCUGCAGAAAUGGGAUGAAAUCACCUAGACCCAGAAUAAGCCCCCAUUGCAGCUGGUCACCGGCAGCUGUCUGGUUCAUUAAGCUGAAGUACUCUGCUAAGCCAAUACCUUUCAGCCACAUGUCUGUGUGAGCACUGUGGUGUAUGGCGAUACACAAGAUCACCACUGUGAAGUAGAGGCUGAAUCAGUAGGGGAGCCGGCUAAACCCUUCUGAGCCCUCCUAGAUGGAGCAAGUAAUCACUGAAAUCCAAUUACAAUUGUCUCCUAAGCUGCAGGGGCCAGCAGGGUAGAGUCCAUCCAUGGCAGAUUCUCCAUGUUUGAGGAUUGGUGACAGCAGGUGUGAACAGAGACCGAGCAGUGAGGUGAGCCCAGCUCUAGGCAAGGGGCAGAGCUGUGCAUGCAGGUCCCUGACCCAAGUUCUGCCCUGUUCGUCUAAUGUCAGCGAAGCAGCGUGGCCAGUGGGCAGGACACUGCUAGUGGACGUAGGGGACUGAGCUAGGAUUCUGUUCCUGGUGCUGCCACGCAGCGGGCAUGUGACUUGCCCAGGACACCCUGCACAGUGGCAGAGGUGGGUAUGCCCAGACUCCCAGUCCCCCCUUUGGAUCCCUAAAUGCCACCAACAGAGAGUCAAUUGGAGGUACUGGAUUUGUGUUAGUUUAAAAUAACUCCCCCCCUUUAAGCCCCCCUUUAAUGGAGCCGUGAGUCACUUUCUUCAUAAAGGUUCCAAACUGCUUCACGUUCACAGACAGCUACGAGGAAAACUGGGUUUUUAGCUCCCCUUCAAAUGCCCCCGAAGCGGUGCCACGCACGGGGCUCUGUCUGGCACACAGAGUGGAGCAGCAUCUCCUUACCUGGCUCAAGGACAUGCUGUGUCUUUGUGCUGAGCCUCGUUUUCUAGCUAGGAGAGGUUUGUCUCUGUCCUUCCCAGCUGAACAGUAUCAGCCCUGCAUUCUGCAUGGCUCACAAACCCCCCACCCUCUGGCUGCGGUUGGGUGUGGUGCCAAAGUGAGGGGGCUUGUAGGUCCCACGGGAAGGAUGAGUCCCAUGCCUGCCCUCAUUUCUAAUCAACAAGGUGCUCCUUGAAUACUGUGGGUCCCAGAUUGCUCCUCCAUUGGCUCCUUCAUGUUCUGGGACUCCAUGGCCCGCCCCUCCCUGAGACAGCCGAGGUAUGGCCUUGGGGCUCCUGACAGUUUGGGCACUUGCCAGGUAACCCUUUGGGAUCCCGAUUGGCCUGGCUCAGUUCCACCAGGUCUGGAGCCAGGCUGGAGAGUCUGGAGCCCUGUCCUGGUCCUGUUCCAGUCUGUUUCUCUCUGCCUCAGCUAGCUGGGGCUGCUUGACAUUGCUCUGGGGAUCCAGGCUUGCCCCAGCCCUGCCCUUGGCUGCCUCUGUCCUUGCCACCACUAGUCGGAGGCUGUUGCAUGUCCUGUCCCUUGACGUUAUUUGGAAUAGCUCAAUCCCAGGAAGGUGUUUCUCGGCCGGGGAGAGUCCAGAGAGGCAGCCUGGGCCAGGGAGUAAGGACGUGGCUUGUGUGUUCAGUGCAGCGUCCACCAGCACAUAGACCCGGGGCUCGUAUUGCUGCGAGGCAGUGCCGGGGUAAAUGGGCCUGUACAGACCCCCCUCAGGAACCCUUUUGUAAAUAGCCUGUAUCGGAUACGCUGUUGGUCACUAACAACGCAGCCUAGCAGCAGAAACGGCAGCCGAUGAGCGACCAGUUAUUGCGCCAAGCAAGCAGCAUUGUGUGCGUGGGGAGCUGGAGCGAGCGCUAGGAGGUGCUGCUGGCAGGUGCAGCUCCCCCCAGAGAACGAGAGCAGCAGUGAUGCUGGAAAGCCUGACGGCUUGCUAGGGCCUGUGAGGAGAGACGUGUGUGUGCACCUGCCCUGAAUGGUGACCCUGGGACUGCACCGACCCGUUCAAACACUGCACGGUGCCAGAGACCGACUGAAAACCAGCGUGGUCCUUGUGCAGGGGGCAGCCCCUUCACUGGAGCCUGGUGCUACUCCAGUACAGGUCGUUGGUCACUCCCCUCUACCCAGUGAGGGACAGGCCAGGUGCCCGGUUAGUGCUUCCCUCCAGCUUAGCAAGGCCAGCCUCUGCUCCUAGCCUCAGUCCUUGCGCAGGGGCAUUGCCCGUCUCCUAGCUCCCCAGGGAAGGAGGGGCAAUGUUCAGGCUCCUGAUAGAUCCCAGCCUGGCCUGGCUGUUAACUGAGUUUCUUGCUGUCCCCAUUGUGGGGUUUCUGGAUUCCACGGAAAUACUGUCUGUUCUGCCAGGACUUUGUCCGUGGGGAUUUCAGUGCAGGACACAAGGGAUCACACCCCAGCUGGGAGCACCCUCCAUCCUGUGUACUCUGUGGGCAGAGGGGACUCGUGGUGCGUCUCUGGACAUUGCCAGCCCAGCUGCAGAGCCCACAGGAGCUGCAAGAAACCACUGGGUGCCAACUUGUCACUUAUGGGCACAGGGGCUGUAGUAGCUACGGAGCACCCCUAGCCUGGGCUGUGCCCGGUGCCCCAUCUGCUAGGAGUGGCACUGCUGGUGACGUGGCCCUAGCGAGCCUGGCCCUGGAGCCGGGGCAUUCAGUGUCGUUUUUAAUCUUUGUCCUUAUUUAUAUGUGCAAUGUGUGAUUGUCAGUCUUAACGGGGAGUUCCCAUAUUAAAGGCUUGUUAGCGCUCUA